CACAGUGUUGCUCCUGAGCAACAAUCUUUCAUAAUUUAAUUAAAAUUCGGCAAUUAGCUGUUAUCAUCGUGGGUCCCCUGUAGGUUCAAGAGAAGCAUCUAACAAUUUAUUAUGCAUGCAGGGAUAGCUAUAUUUUGCUUAUACAAAGUAUUCUGAAUAAAUUUUCUUCGACCACGCUGUAAAAUGGCGGACUGUCACGACGCUCAAACUUCAAUGUAAUUAAACACUAAGGCAAAUGGCAAAUAGUAUUUCAACAGCAAGUUUUUAUGGGAAGAGUCGUAAUCAAAGAAUUCGGUUGACAGAUAGUGGCAUACACACUGAAACAAGGAUCACAAAUGUAAUUGUCCCUGGUGAUGAUAGCAGUUCAGAGGAGGACAAUUCAGAACAGGCCUUAGAAAAUCUGGGUUUGUCAAAUGAUGAAACUUUUAUUCCCGACAAUGAUGUUGAUGAAUCAAGUGAUUAUGAUUCAGAGGAUGAAGAGCAAAAUAAUGAUGCACCACAACCAUCAGGUGAAAAGAGCUCAAAGAAUAAAAGUAAAGAAACAUCUUACCGAUGGCAGAGAAAAUUGCCAGCUGAUGUUGAUACUAUGUUUACUGGAGCCCCCUUUCCUGAUCCACCUGAAAAUGAACUGACACCUAUUGAAUAUUUCAAACAAUUUUUUGGCAAUGAACUUCUUGAUCAUAUUGUUGAUCAAAGUAACCUGUAUUCGGUGCAAAAAAGUGGAAAAUCAGUUCAGAUGACCAAACAUGAACUAGAGCAGUAUUUUGGAAUACUGUUGAUGAUGGGUGUAAUCAAGCAACCUCAGUAUAGAAUGUAUUGGAGCAAUGGCACUCGUAUUCCAUCGAUUGCUGACACAAUGAGUGUGGGCCGGUUCGACAAGCUGAAGCAGUACCUGCAUUGCAAUGACAAUACAGAAAUGCUCCCAAGAGAUAAUCCCAACCACGACAAAUUAUUCAAAGUGAGACCAGUGAUUGAUUCCGUCUUGGAGAAAUGCAAGCUACUCCCCAGGAAGAAAAGCACUCGAUUGAUGAACAAAUCAUUCCUACAAAGUGUAGAACUGGUCUACGACAAUAUCUCCCAAAGAAGCCACACAAAUGGGGUAUAA